AUUUGUUUUUCAAAAAUCCUACAUACUUUUACUUACUUUGUAAUCUCGGUUUGAUAUUAGUGAAUUCAGGUGGGGAAUUUUUUGACUAAACCGGUUUAACCAUAUCGGUUUAAUCUUACCUACUGGACCCAACACCUCUUACGUGACCCCAUAAAACGCAGAGAGCCAGCAUAAUCGCGACCGACCUCACUGAACGAGCGACCAAAACGCAGAGUUUUGACAGCAAUUGAGUGGAUACCGAAUCACAAUAAUACAGAAAGACAUUAAAAGCAACAAGGAAUCGCGCGAUUGGGGGCAGUUGGAGAGACGAACAAGUCGUGGUGAGAUUUUAGGAAGACGAAGAAGAUGGAGAGUAUCUGGCGAAUCGCGACGGGACAAGAUCCGAGCCGUGAAGAUUACGAAGGGAUCGAGUUCUGGUCAAACCCUGAGCGUUCUGGUUGGCUCACAAAGCAAGGCGAUUACAUCAAAACCUGGCGUCGUCGUUGGUUCGUUCUCAAACGAGGGAAGCUUCUCUGGUUCAAAGAUCAAGCCGCUGCUGGAAUUCGUGGAUCUACGCCGCGUGGUGUGAUCUCCGUUGGUGAUUGUCUCACCGUGAAAGGAGCUGAGGAUGUUGUGAAUAAGCCUUUUGCUUUUGAGCUAUCUAGUGGUAGCUAUACCAUGUUCUUCAUUGCUGAUAAUGAGAAGGAGAAAGAAGAGUGGAUUAAUUCGAUUGGAAGAUCGAUUGUGCAACACUCGAGGUCUGUGACGGAUUCUGAGGUUCUCGAUUAUGAUCACAGGCGGUGAUUACUAUCAUUAUGUAUGAUUUUGUUGGCCUUAGGGUUUUCGUGGAAUGUAACACUCUCUUGUCUUUUAAGUUAUGAUGUUAUUGUACCGUGAUCGUGAUGUAUCUAAUGCCUCAAGUUUCAAAAAUUGAUUCUCUCUUUGUUAUGAUUUUUGAUUCCAGUGAGUUCCUGUUUAUGUUUUGAAUGAUUUUGUUGUUCCUGUAUAAAGUUUGAUCUAUUUGCUUAAGUUUGAUUUGAUUCAACAAGUGAUUGAUGUUCAAAAAGUAGAAGCUGUGUAGGGGUUU